UGAAGGUGCUGCUGCAGCUGAAGGAGGCGUGGGGCGGCGUUUGGGCGAACAACAGCAACGCCACCACGGCGUGCUCUGAAUGGACUGGCGUCACCUGCAGCCCCAAAGGGCUCGUCGUUUCCCUGGAUUCAAGUCUAGUGCGGCCUGAUCGGAAUUUCCCCAGUCCCUCCAUACCUGCUUCCAUCACCGGUCUUUCCACUCUGCAACUCCUUGAUCUGACCAGCUUAAAUCUGUUCGGGCCCAUUCCAUCCCUCGCCAGUCUCACUGGUCUCAUGCACCUAGCUAUUGCGAUGGAUGGUGGCAAUGGCAUCAGUCACGCUGGCACUCUGGAGGGACUGGCCUGGCUCUCCUCCCUCACCAACCUGCAAACACUGUCUCUAGAGUACUUGGCAUUUCUCACAGGGGAGUUGUCCUCCCUGCACUUUCUUUCACACCUGAGAAGCCUACAUGAUCUGAAAGUCCGGAGACUCAGAAACGCCACAGGAGAGGUACCCAGAGAGCUUCAAUACAUGACUUCCCUCACUUCACUGGAUCUAUCCUACCUUCGAUUUGCGGAUUUCCCCUUUUGGGUCACUCGACUCACCAACCUUCAGUAUCUGAAUCUGGAGGCAGACAAUCCACACCGGCAGGGGCGAUUGCUGAAUGAAGACCUCUCUCAGCUCACAGCACUCACUGUCCUCUCCCUUUUUGGAAACAACCUGGAAGGCUACCUCCCCAAUAGCUGGACCAAUCUGGCCCAUCUGCAAGUGCU